AUGGUAUCAUCUCUCAACAGCACAGGAACCCAGGUGACUGAAUUCCUGAUGAUGUGCCUGCCGGGAAUGCAGGACACACAGCAUUGGCUGUCUGUAGCCCUGGCUCCCCUCCUGGUUUUGGCGCUAGGUGCCAAUUUUGUGUUAUUACUUGCCAUCUGGCAGGAGGCAUCUCUACAUGAGCCCAUGUACUACCUGCUUGCCAUCCUCUCCCUGCUGGAUGUCAUCCUCUGUCUCACAGUCAUCCCCAAGGUCCUGCUCAUCUUCUGGUUCAACCUGAAGCCCAUCAGCUUUGCUGGCUGCUUCCUGCAGAUGUUCAUCAUGAAUACAUUCCUUCCCAUGGAGUCCUCCACCUUUCUAGUCAUGGCCUAUGACCGCUAUGUAGCUAUCUGCCACCCACUUCGCUACCCAUCCCUCAUCACUGAACAGUUUAUCAUUAAUGCAGCCAUUUUCAUUGUCUUGCGAAAUUUUCUGGCCACACUGCCCACACCUGUUCUGGCUGCCAGGCUCAACUACUGUGCCAGCAAUGUGGUGGAGAACUGCAUCUGUGCCAACAUCUCUGUGGCAAAGCUUUCCUGUGGGGAUAUUUACCUAAAUAAACUCUACCAGUUUGUGAGUGUUUGGUGCCUACUGGGUUCUGAUCUGGUACUCAUCUUACUAUCCUACUGCUUCAUCCUGAGGGCUGUGAUGCGUCUGCAGUCAGGAGGUGCAGCCACCAAGGCCUUGAGUACUUGUGGUUCCCACCUCAUUCUUAUACUAUUCUUCUAUACAUUGCUGCUGGUAUUCAUCUUCACAAACAAGGCAGGAAAGAAGGUGCCCUCAGAGGUACCCAUUCUUCUCAAUGUCUUGCAUCACCUUAUUCCACCAGCCCUGAACCCCAUUGUUUAUGGAGUGCGAACCCAGGAGAUCAAGCAAGGAAUUAUCAAGCUACUGAAGCACCACUAUUGA